CUUUCCUCUAAGCUCCAACCUGUCUGUUAGUUUUAAUUUCUCUCUCUAUUUUUCCAUUCUACCAAACAACUCAAUCCUGCGCCACUCUAUUUUUCAACUGCUGCUUCUACACAUUAACAAUGCAGACGAGAACGGUUCAAGUAAAGAAUGUUUCAGAUCUAGCUACUGAAAGAGAGAUUCACGAGUUCUUCUCUUUCUCUGGUGAUAUUGAACUCAUUCAGAUCCAACGAGAAUCUGGACAGCCAAAGACAGCUUUUGUUACAUUCAAGGACCCUAAAGCGCUUGAAAUUGCCUUGUUAUUAUCGGGAGCAACAAUUGUAGACCAGAUUGUAAGCAUAACUCCAGUUGAAAACUACGUGCCCAUCCUUGAAACUCAUGUAAUAACAGUGGUGGACAGUGAUGUAUCUGUAAAUCCUGCUGAAUAUAAUGAGGCUAGAACAAGCCCAUCUAAUAGUGGAAGAAUUUAUGCUAGCAAAGCACAAGAAGUUGUUACGAAUAUGCUGGCAAAAGGCUCAGCAAUAAGGCAAGAUGCAGUGAACAAGGCUAAAGCAUUUGACGAGAAACAUCAGUUGACAGCCAGUGCAUCAGCAAAGGUUAUUUCCUUUGACCGAAGGGUUGGACUUACAGAGAAGCUGACAGUUGGAAUUUCAGUAGUUAAUGAGAAAGUGAAGUCUGUUGAUCAAAGGCUUCAUGUGUCAGACAAAACAAUGGCAGCUAUAUUUGCAGCAGAGAGAAAAAUAAAUGAUACUGGAUCAGCUGUCAAAACAAGCAGAUAUGUGACUGCUGGAACAGCCUGGUUGAAUGGUGCAUUUAGCAAGGUCGCAAGGGCCGGGCAGACAGCAGGGACAAAAACUAGAGAAAAGUUUAAUGUGGCUGUGUCAAACUUAACCGCCAAGGUGGGUUUCUCCCUCUGUUAACGUUUUCAUUUUUUUCAAUAUUUUUGUAGUUUGAUUCAUUGCUAGAGGAGCAUAACAUUUUGUUAUACGCAGGAUCCACCAAUUGCUGUGUAAAUCGGAUAUUUUGUUCACCAAAAAGUCGGUUUGUUAAGUCUUUCUACAUUGAUGCAUUCAACAACCAUGUUGCUCAAAUUAUCAAAUGGAAAAUGGAUGCAGAGUUCAGAAUUUUUAGGGUUGGUACAGGACGGGACGAAUUCGCGUAAUGUUCCCUUUAUACCUAUUUGUCUUUGGUUUGACGUGUGCACGAUAAGUUUUGGCAUUCAAUAUUUUUCUAUACUUGUUAUUCUUUGAUUUGUAGGGUGCUCUGUUUGUUAAUUCCUUGUAAUUUUGCAGCUUGUCACAUUGGUUUUAAGUGGUAAAGAAAUUAAAUUUUGUGGCAAGAUGAAAUCAUUUCUUCCAGUUCAGGACUUAAUGUUUCUUUCAUCUGUGUAAUUGCGAAGCAAAUGAAAGCAUUAUUAUUUCUGCAUUCA